AUGGAGAAAAAAGAAUCUACAGAGGUGUCUAACCUCAAGGAGGACACUAGUCAAGGCGAUGUUCUACCCUUUCGACAGACACAGCGCGGUCUGGCUUCCAGGCAUGUGCAGUUGAUGGCCAUUGGAGGCUCCAUUGGUACGGGACUGUUCGUGGGUAUUGGUUCGUAUCUGCGUGAUGCAGGUCCGCUGUCUUUAUUUCUGGGAUAUCUUGUUUGGGGGUGUCUUUUCAUUUUACCUGUCAAUCUCUGUGUUGGAGAGAUGGCUGCCUAUCUUCCAAUUCGUGGAUCUAUUUUUGAACUUGCUGCCCGCUUUAUUGACCCGGCAUUUGGAUUUGCAAUGGGCUGGGUAUAUUUCUACGGCGGCGUAAUGUUAGUCUGCACAGAAUACUCCGCAGUUUCAACCGUCAUGCAAUACUGGAACACAGGGGUAAAUCCUGCAGUAUGGGUAGCAAUGGCAUUAGUCGUAUGCACCGUGCUCAACCUCGUUGCCGUGAAGUGGUAUGGCGAGAGUGAAUUCAUCAUGGCAUCAACUAAAAUCUUCCUCCUCAUCGGGCUUGUCCUCCUCACGUUCAUUACAAUGGUCGGUGGAAACCCCCGACACGACGUCUAUGGAUUCCGAAACUGGACCGAUGGCGUCAUGUUCGAGUACUAUACCGACGGUGAUACGGGUCGAUUUUUGGGCUUCUUCUCUGUCAUGGUAUACGCCGCUUUCUCUGUGGCUGGACCGGAUCUGCCUGCCCUGGCUGCAGGAGAAAUUCAGAAUCCUCGCGUGACCAUUCCCCGCGUCGUGAAGAUGACAUUCUGGCGAAUCGUCGGAUUCUACGUUGUCGGUGUCUUGGCUGUCGGCAUUAUCUGUAACCCUCGCGAUCCCCGACUUAUGUCCGCCAUUGAUGAUGGAGCAUCCGGAUCCGCUGCAUCGCCUUGGGUCAUCGGGAUCGAGAACCUAGACAUCACCGGCCUACCGGAUCUUAUCAAUCUGCUCAUUCUGCUGUCUGGUUGGUCAUGCGGAAAUGCCUACCUCUACAGUUCUAGCAGAACGCUUUACUCUCUUGCUCGCGAUGGCCAAGCCCCAAAGUUCCUCUUGAAGUGUACUUCCUCUGGCAUUCCUGUCAAUUGUGUGCUCACGGUGUCAGUUUUGUCAUGCAUCACCUUCCUGGUGGCGAGCACCUCUUCCGUCGAGGUAUUUUACUGGUUCGUGGAUCUGACCACCAUCGCCUUCGUUCUCACCUACACGGGCAUGCUUUGCGUCUUCAUCGCCUGGUACCGCGCUAUGAAGGCACAAGGAAUUGACCGGAAGACGUUUGUGCCCUGGGCUGCGCCUUUCCAGCCAUACGGUGCCAUUCUUGCCAUCGCGAUUGGUUGCACAACAGCGAUCUUCAACGGCUUCGCGGUCUUCAUGCCAUUCAACGUGCAAGGCUUUAUCACUUCGUACUUUGGUCUGGCGUUCUGGGUUGUCAUGUUUGCUUUCUGGAAGAUCUAUCAUCGUUCUUCGUUUGUGCGCGUGGUUGAAGCCGAUUUGUUCUCUGGAAAAGCAGAGGUUGACGAGGAGUGCAAGAUCUGGGAGGAAGGCGGCUGGGAGGAGCGACGGAAGGCUGAGCUGGCUAAUAUGAACUGGGUGCAUCGAGCAUGGGAGAAGAUGUGGUAA